CCACCAUGGACCCCCACCCGCUCACCUGGGCUCUAGUGCUGCUGGGCCCGGCCCUGGCACUCUCCCGGGCCCCUGCGCCCGCCCAGGAGGCGCCAGAGAAGCUGUGCGGCCACCACUUUGUGCGCGCGCUGGUGCGGCUGUGCGGAGGCCCGCGCUGGUCCCCUGAGGACGGGCGAGCUGUGGCUGGAGGCGACCGUGAACUGCUACAGUGGCUGGAAGGACAACAUCUCUUCCAUGGGCUGAUGGCCAGUGGGGACCCCAUGCUGGUAUUGGCCCCACAGCCCCCGCCUCAGGCCUCUGGCCAUCACCACCACCGCCGGGCAGCUGCCACCAACCCAGCCCGCCACUGCUGCCUCAGUGGCUGCACCCGGCAAGACUUGCUGACCCUCUGUCCCCACUGAAGCCUCCUGGGGAGUGGCCAUGGGGGAGGCUGAGAUCCAGAGGGGGAUCCAGUCUGGUGACCUCCUGAUGCCACAGAGCACCACGAAGCCCCAUGUCUGGGGAACAUAGUGAUUACUUCCUAGGACAAGGCACUCACCACCUCCCCCAGACCAUCUGUCCUCUGGGCGGGGCCAGCUGGGGAAAAAAAUCAGACUCCCCUCAAACCCUGCUUGGAGGACCCUUGGCUUUGCAGAAAUACCAGACACUAAGGAUCAAUGUCCUCACCUCAGAGGAGUUCAGGUGCCCUGCUCCCUGCAUUUCAUGACACCCCUUUUGUUUUCUCAAUAGUAAAUAAAUAAGAUGCCUGCAGACUA